AUGUCGUUCAUCAACAUCUGUCGUGAUAACACGGAUCCCUUCUACCGUUACAAGAUGCCUCCUAUCCAGUCCAAGAUCGAAGGUAGAGGUAACGGUAUCAAGACUGCUGUUCCAAAUGCAUCUGAAGUUGCCAGAGCUUUGAACAGACCCCCAGCCUAUGUGAUUAAGUACUUUGGAUUUGAACUCGGUGCUUUGACCUCUAUCAACGAGACCAGUGACAGAUACCUGGUCAACGGUGCACACGAUGCUGCCAAGUUGCAGGACCUUUUGGAUGGUUUCAUUAAGAAAUUUGUGCUUUGUCCUUCGUGUUCCAACCCUGAAACCGAGAUCAUAAUCCACAAGGAUGACAGUCUCACGCGUGACUGUAAGGCGUGUGGUAAGAUCAGCCAGAUUGACCCUCGUCACAAACUUGCCACUUACAUCUUAAAGAACCCACCAGCCAAGGGCGGGAAGAAGAACAAGAAGUCCGCCACUGCCUCAGAGAACGUUGUUGGUGGUGGUAUGUCCAUCUCCGAUAUUGCUGCCAAUCAUAAGGCCAAUGCGAAGGAUGACGAUGCCUCUGAAGACGAGUUGGAGGCAGAGGCUCCUCCUCCAGUCGGUGGAAUUGAUGUCAAGGAUGACGAAUGGGCUGUCGAUGUGUCUGCCGAGGCCGUCAAGGCCAGAGCCGAGGCCAUGGAAGGACUGACUGCCACCAAGAACAGCUUCGAGCUUUUGGGAGAGUGGCUGUUGGCCGCCCACUCGGGAGACGAAGACGAGUUCCCAUCCGACGUUGAGAUCUACAAGAAGGCCUCAGACUUGAACAUCGUUGACGACGAGAAUACCUUGCAAGUUUUGGCCCAAUCUCUGUUCAGCGAGGAUAUUGUCGACGAGAUUGACGAACAUGCCGGUCUUUUGAAAAAACUGGUCACCUCUGAUGACCACGAGAAGGCUCUUCUCGGUGGAUUCGAGAGACUGUUGGGUUUGACAUACCCUGAGCUCAUUCCAAAGGUCCCAAAGAUCCUGAUGGAGCUUUAUGACAGGGACAUUUUGUCCGAGGACGUCAUUGUCGAUUGGGGUACCAAGGUGAGCAAGAAGUACGUUCCAAAGGACAUUUCCAAGAAGGUCAGAAAGGCCGCUAAGCCUUUCUUGAAAUGGCUUGAGGAAGCCGAGUCCGAAGAGGAUUAG